GCUGGUGGGACACACGGACACAGACGCAGAGCUGCACUUCUGCCACAAUGACUUUGUGGGUCACCUGAGCACCUGGGAGAGAUCAGCCCGAUGCCAACCCCCCUGCUACUCCCUGGCACCUUCCUACCUACAGACACCUACUUGUGGGCUAAUUGCACCCCUACAGUUGCUGGGGCACCGAGGGACCCUCUGCUCUCAUAGACUUAUUCGGAGUUAGAAUCGCAUUCCCUGCCGGUUGGGCCGUUCCUGCUGGGGAUUUUAGUCGCUAAAGAACGUUCGUUCGGUGUGGCCCCCCAGUGUAACCCCCCUAAGAAAGUGGCAAAGAUGGGGAGCAAGACCCUUCCAGCCCCAGUGCCAAUCCACCCAUCUCUGCAGCUGACUAAUUACUCCUUCCUACAAGCCUUCAAUGGACUCCCAGUGCCAGCUGAGCAUAUGCCCAACCUAUAUGGCUUCAGUGCCCUACAUGCGGUGCACCUUCACCAGUGGACAUUGGGAUACCCCACCCUUCACCUGCCCAGAUCUUCCUUCUCCAAAGUGCCAGGAGUUUCCAGCUUGGUGGACUCUCGCUUCCAGAUCCCAACGUUCCCCCUCUUUCCCCACAUGAUCCACCCCAAACAGGAGUCCCCAAACUUGUCCAAUAAAACCAAACCCAGGUUUGACUUUGCCAACUUGGCAUUGGCGGCAACCCAAGAGGAUCACUGUAAGCUGGGCCAGAUGGACGACCAAGGCUCUCCCCCUACAAUAGGGGGUCUCCUUGAUGUCACCAAGCUCACCCCUGAGAAGAAGCCAACCAGGGGCAGGCUGCCCUCUAAAACCAAGAAAGAGUUUGUCUGCAAAUUCUGCGGGAGGCAUUUCACCAAGUCGUACAACCUCCUGAUCCAUGAGAGGACACACACGGACGAGAGGCCAUACACCUGCGAUAUCUGUCACAAGGCAUUCAGAAGGCAAGACCACCUGAGAGACCACAGGUAUAUCCAUUCUAAGGAAAAACCUUUCAAAUGCCAGGAGUGCGGCAAGGGCUUCUGCCAGUCACGGACAUUAGCAGUACACAAAACGUUGCACACACAAGUGAAAGAACUGAAGCCUUCCAAAAUCAAAUGCUGAACUGACCCAAAGGAAAGGGAUCUUUCUAUUUAAGCAGCAGACUCUCCGAUUAUGCACAGAAAGAAGUGGCACCAACCUGGCACGGGGCUGGCGGAUAAAACUUGUUUUUUUUUCUCUUUGCUAUGAGGAACAUUGUAAGGACGAGGAGAACAAAGCUUUGGUGGCGUUUGGGAUAAACUUUGUGCCAAAAGGUGGUGCUCUCAUACUAUGGAGGAAUCUUCAGCUCAAGGCAGCUUCCAGAUUAUUAUGCGGCUCUGGGGCAGUCUCUGGUACACACCCCGGCACUUGGGGAGAAUAAACCAUAUAAAUUCCUUGUACAUGAUUGUGUUCUGUUCAGAGCUGUCUGUAGUGGGUGUCCAUGCAAGGGCAGGCCCCCUGGGAUGGCUGAUCAGAAGUUGUAGGUGGGAAGAAUACAGGAAAGCUUAUAAACACUCUAUAUACAGCAUAGACUAUUUGACUGUGCAGUCAGAACCGACAGUAGCUGUGCCAAUAAUAGCCUUGGAUAAAGUGCAUGUAUCUGUGGGACAGCAGGUAUAGCAGUGCCAAUAAUAGCCUUGGAUAAAGUGCAUGUAUCUGUGGGACAGCAGGUAUAGCAGUGCCAAUUAUAGCCUUGGAUAAAGUGCAUGUAUCUGUGGGACAGCAGGUAUAGCAGUGCCAAUAAUAGCCUUGGAUAAAGUGCAUGUAUCUGUGGGACAGCAGGUAUAGCAGUGCCAAUAAUAGCCUUGGAUAAAGUGCAUGUAUCUGUGGGACAGCAGGUAUAGCAGGGCAAUAAUAGCCUUGGGUAAAGUGCAUGUAUCUGUGGGACAGCAGGUAUAGCAGUGCCAAUAAUAGCCUUGGAUAAAGUGCAUGUAUCUGUGGGACAGCAGGUAUAGCGGUGCCAAUAAUAGCCUUGGAUAAAGUGCAUGUAUCUGUGGGACAGCAGGUAUAGCAGGGCAAUACAGAGACAGUGGGGCAAUAACUCUUUACAUCUGUGCUCUGCUUGGGCGUUACUAUAGCAGAUCCAGGGGGAAGAGGGGGCCCAGAGGGGCAAAUUUUAGGAGGAGGGGGCAAUAAAUAAUUUUGCCCUUUCUAGUUACAUCACUGUGUUCUCCCAAACUCCAUUCCAGUAUAGGUACUGUCAGGCUCUGUCAUUACUAUUGCCUAUUGAUAUGGGCCCUUGGCAUUUGUCUGAGAGCAGAGUAUUGGCUACCAAAUGUGCCAGGGCAUGGCUGAGUUUCCAUACAGAAUAUUAAGCCGAUAAGGCACAGCUCUGCAAGGCUUCCUUAAUACAGGGUAAAACUUGCUAAACUCCCAAGGAAUCACCCCAUUCUAGGUGCCACAUUAGCCCCAUUGGGCAGCACAGCAGAAGGGAACCACACAUGAGGUGUGCAAAAAGGGUGAAAAUUUCAUAAAUUACUAUUUUAAAAAAAAUUAUUUUUGUAUACAUAGGCAUAAUUAAGGGGUUAAACUGCCCUUUUUAGAAUCUAUUUCUGGGUAUCAGGGGGGAACAAGACGCAGGUAGUUGGUACUAUACAGGGCCCAGUGGCUGCGGUGCUCUCAUCCGUCAGUAAUUCAUUUGCAAAGGUUUUGUAAAUACCGACUUCCGUUCAGUUGAACGUUUUUAUUCAUUCUAUCUAUGCAUUACUGGCAUCUAUGCAGCCCCUUAAACAAUAAACCAAAGUCUUCCAGAAGCCCAUGGAUUCUGCUUCCUAUGUUGCUUCUCACGAGGUGCAAUGCACUAAUUGCCUUGGGUGUAAUGGGAAUGGAACUCUGGGGUAAAAAAAACUGAAUUUUGGCAAAAUAACAAGGUAACGUGCCAGCAAUCACUUUGCCUUCGGCAGCCUUUAAUAAAUGAACUGAGAUAUUAAACUCACCAAUUAGGGACCACUGCACAGCAGCCAAUGUACGAUUGUCUUUCAUUGCACACCUUGAUUUAAUCUGAAAGGGGAUUGGCUGUACUACUUGUGGGCCCCUUGCAAUGCAGGAAGGCUGAGGCAGGCAUGAGUUAGGGGAGAGGGGCCCCUUGCAAUGCAGGAAGGCUGACAUCUAGGGUUGGAAAAUCAGCUGUGGCUAAACUACAGCUCCCAUCAUGCCCUUGGACCUACAGUUUAACAAUAGCUACCCAUCAUCAUCUGCAAAUAUCUAACCAUAAAAUGUCCUUUAUUCUCUUAUCUGUCUCCUCCCCUAAGAAGCUGACUAUGGUACCUCCUACUAGGAGCCAGAUGUCCCCCAGAACGACCAAAUGUCCCCUAUUAGCACAGGUAACAGUUCAACCCAUAUUGAACCCAAUUCCCAUAUUUCAGUUUACCCCCCCCCCCCCCCUUAGAUUAAGAUAAGAGGAGCUGUAGGAAGGGGCCCAUUCCCCAACAGCUCAUACCCAUGUGUAAAUGCUCCGGCUGAUUAUUUAGCUCAGUAACAUGCAUGCUGGUUUAAGUGGGGUUAAUACGUGCAGUUCAACCCAACCGUUGAAAUUAUCCUAUCUAUUUUUUUAAAGCAGCUGACAUUCCGAAAAUUAAAAAAUAAAAAAAAUGUCUAUAUAUAUAUAUAAAUAUAUUGUACAGAUUUGUAUAGUUGUUUGGCACUUUAUGCUGAUUGAUGGUUAAAAACAUUUAUCACUGGAUUGUAAAAUAAAGGAAAUAUUGAAUCGA